AUGGGCCCGCCCUUGUGCACGAUAUCUUUGAAUUUGGGCUCGACUCCAACGGCCGUGUCUUUCCAGAACAGCGUUCCUAGCGAGUUUCCGAAAUGCAGCACAGAAUUGACUUUAUCGAGGAUCGAGACCGUGCUAGCUGCGGAUUCCUUGGACGACGACGCAUCCUGCCACUUGUUCGACCGCAUCACCUUCUCCAGGUUGUUGAUCAGCUUUCCGGAAGCAGAAACCUGUGCAAACACGUUUUCAAGGCCCCUUGGGUUGUUGAGGUUCUUGAUGAUCAGAUUGAUUGCACCAGCAAUCUUAAGACUCAGCAGCUGUUGCAACUGGUUGUAA